CUCUUCUAUACGUUAAAGAAGAAAUGUCUACUGCAUACACAGUAUUCUUGACUAUAGGAUUAUUAGUAUCAGGCGUCUGUAUACCCUUAAUCUUGUCAUUUCAAGAUUAUCAAAAAGUAAAUGACGUUGAGUACUUUCAUCAGCCAUUGCUUCAAGCCACUAUGAUCUUCCUUGGUGAAAUGAUUUGUAUCUUGAUUAUUCAUUUGGUUACCAAGACACCUUCCUUAUUGGAUCGAUCUAUGCUUGAGGCUGUUCAGCCACAUCAUAGCUAUGGAAACGAUUGGGUCGUUCCUCAUACUUCUGUUUGGUCUGCUGCAUGGUUUAUUUUACCCAGUGCAUGUGACCUUAUUGCAACAACACUUCUCAACUUGGGUUUAAUCUAUACUACGCCUUCGAUUUACCAAAUGGUCAAGAGCAGUAUCGUUGGUUUUUCGGCCAUCUUUAGUUGUCUCUUCCUGUCGCGUAAAUUCUUACGCAAGGAGUGGGCCGCCAUCUUGUGCAUCCUUGUCGGAACAGGUGCUAUUAUUUGGUCCGCAUAUAAAGAAAGCCUCACAGAGAACGUUUGGGGUCCUGUCUUCUUGAUUGUUGCUCAGCUCUUUGUGGCCGGACAGUUUAUUUUAGAAGAAUACUUGAUGGACAGAUACCACCUUGACCCGGUCAAGGCCAUGGGCAUCGAAGGUGUCUUUGGCACCAUCUUGCUUAGUACUGCACUUACCAUCAGUGCAUUCUUUGGUAGAGACAUACUUGAUGUUCGUCAGGGAUUCCAACAGUUGUUCGGAAUCAAUGUCUUGUGGCAAAGUGCUCUCUUAUUAUCCUUUAUGGUUGCCAUAUUUAACUUUUUCGGACUCGCGGUUAGUACGACCGUCGGCAUUCCCGGACGUAGUAUGAUUGACUCUUUAAGGACGAUCAUCACUUGGAUACUUGCCAUUCACUAUGGUUGGGACGUGUUCUCUUGGGUCGAGUUGACAGGCUUUGUUAUCCUUUUAUUAGGUGUAUUUAUAUUUAAUGGUGUCUUUAAGAAGAGUAAUCUCGUAGGAGAAAACCAACCUUUAUUAUCUUGAAUUCAUUAAAUGACCAAAGAUGUCCUUUGGUAAUUCAAAAUCCAUAAAUUCAAACGGUGGUAAUUUUUCACCAAAUGCAGUAAUGUGUCGUUUCGAAUAGCGACUUGAUCCUGAUUUAUGUGAG